UUGGUGGAGCUGCGCUAGCCAAAAGCGAAACUCACAUGAGACUCUCCGUGCAUGCAGAUAUUAGUCGUAGAUAGAUUGAACUGAAACUGAAACAGAAACUGAAACAGAUACAAAUAUAAAUGUAUGUACGAAUUUUGCAGACAUUCAGCAUUGAGAGAUUAAGGACUAGCAUCGCGGUACCACGAGACCAAUACACAAUAUAAAACAAAACAAAACAAAACCGAUACCGAGUGCGACGCGAGUCUAAAUUCGAAUCGCAAUCGAGCAACAACUAAAGUUCGUCGUCGCGUCUGCAAAAUUUUGCACAAAAAAGCAAUUUGCAUUAUAAGUUGUGUUGUCGCAUUCAUUGGCGUGCUUUUGUUAAACGUUGCGUGUAUAAAAAAGUGCGUAUAACAAUACAUUGAAAUCAUGUCAGACCCACAACAACAACAUCAAUCAGUGCCAAGCAUUGCAACUAUACUAAAUGCUCAACAAUUGCAGCGGUCAGACGAUCAUCAACAGCAUCAACAGCCGAUUAUCAAAAUUCCGAUGACAACAAAAAAUGCGCAAAAAAGCAAAUCGAAUUCGCAGGACAGGCGAUUCAAAGGAUUGCUGCGAAAUACAUGCAUCGUCGUUGGUGAAUUUUUGGCCACCGCGAUGCUGAUGUUCCUCGGCUGCAUGGGAUGUGCUCAGUCUCCAGCAUUCGUUAACUCCCACUUUCAGUGCAGUAUUAACUUUGGAUUCGUUGUGCUCAUUUGCAUCCAGUGUUUUGGUUGUGUAUCGGGUGCACAUCUCAAUCCCUCGGUGACAUUGGCCAACUACAUUUAUCGCCUGAUCUCAUGGCCCAUGGCCAUUGCUUAUUUCGUGGCCCAAAUGGUAGGCGCUUUUGUUGGCUAUGGUCUGGUUAAGGCAUCGCUACCCGAAGAUGUUGUCUGCAGUUCGGAUACACCAAAAGGUGUCUGCAUCACCGCGCUGGGAGAAGGCAUCAGUGCCGGGCAAGGCGUGCUCAUCGAAUUCCUGCUCACCGUCAUUCUGAUCAUCAUCUGCUGUGCAGUUUGGGAUCCACGUAAUGCCACAUUUGGCGACUCGACUGGCAUACGCUUUGGACUGGCCAUCGCAUGUAUUUCCCUGACUGGAGGUCAGUUCACUGGCGCCAGCAUGAAUCCUGCGCGUUCCUUUGCUCCAGCAUUGUGGAACAAUGCCUGGGACAAUCACUGGAUCUACUGGGUGGGUCCUCUUGUGGGCGCCGUGUUUGCCGCUUUUCUCUACAAAUACGUUUUCCGGCCAACGGGUGCAAAGCCUGAGGAGGAGUUGCCCCAAUAAGCAAUUGGUUUUGCAACAGGGAACUACAGUCAGAAAUUUAUUUUCUGCACUUUUGUGAUGGAAUUGAAUGAAGAUCAAGAGUUUUUAUCGAAACUAAAAAAAAUGUAACAUAUAUUAUUAUGUAUAACUGCAAAUAUUUGAUAUAUUUUAAGGGCGUUGUCGUGUAGCUAGAAUUAUGAUCGCAAGCGAAUUUUAUGUAACUACAAAUAUUUUAAAUAAAUAACAAA